CCACUCAGAGUUGUUUUGUGAGUUGGGCAGCCGCACAGAUUGAAGGGAUAAAUGAAAUUCCUGUUGCAGGUGUAACACUCAUCAGUGACUUCAUCACCGGAUUUUGUGGCGAGACGGAGGCCGACCAUUUGCAGACGCUCUCGCUCCUCCGUGAGGUCCGCUACAACCUCGCAUAUAUCUUCGCCUACAGUGAGCGGCAGAAAACCCGGGCGUUUCACCGCCUGCCGGACGACGUCCUGCCCGAAGUGAAGCUCCGCCGACUGAAGGAGCUCAAUGCGGUCUUUCGGGAGGAAGCCUCCCGCCUCAAUGCGGCUGCCGUGGGGCACGCGCAGGUGGUCCUGGUGGAAGGGCCCAGCAAGCGCUCCCCUCUGGAGCUGUGGGGCAGGAACGAUGGCGGAAUCAAAGUGAUCUUCCCUGAUGUGGAGGUGAGGGAUGGCACCGAUGAGGCAUCAGCUGUUCGAGUGCAGCCAGGAGAUUACGUCCUGGUCAAGAUCUCUUCAGCCUCCUCCCUGACCCUGAAGGGCACCCCUCUCUGCCGGACCACGCUCAGAGGCAGCUCGCCCACAGCCUUGGCAGAGGCACCCCGCAGGGGAGCCGAGUGAGCAAGGGGAGGAUUUCCUGCACCCCCAAGACGGCGAGGAAUGAAGGACUGGUAAACAGUGAACAUCUGUAUCCAGCUGCUGCUCCCGACCUGGUGCCUGGCUCGGGGAGAAUCAGUUGGCCAGAGAGAGCAGGGCGUGUCCUUCUCUGCAGCAGGGGCAGGAGGGGAAGGGAAAAGACCAGCUGCUUGACUGGACAAAUAGCCUCGAAAGAAAGGACCCGAUGCUUCGCCUAGCGGAGGGCGGUUUCAGAAAUGCAGCCUGUUCCUGGGAUUCUCCCUGUUCUUCUGGCCCGCUGGCAGUGAAGGCUCACAAGUGGAAGGUCUGCGCCUCUUGACGCCCCCCACUUCAUCUCAGGGGCACUUCCGUUGGCUUCCAGACGGUCCGGGAUGAAAGCUGGUUAGCUCUGCAAGGCAAGCCAGCAGCCCUCCCUCUCCUUGCAAGCUUUUUAGUGGCUCAGGUUGUGUAUCCCACAAAGAACCUUUUGGCCUGGGCAGGGGACUCUUUUCGACAAGUGGUGCCCUCCAGCUGGGCUGGGCAGUGUGGCUUUUUGCUCCUUAGAGAUGAUGGGAGUUGUGGAAUAAAUAAAUAAAUGUUUGAAAAGUAUGUUUGAAGGACAUAGAGUUGUGGAGGCUGCUGUAAUCCAGAAAGGGGGAGAGGGACGGGAAGCAGUGGAAUAAAUUAAUGUUUGAAAA